UGUUUCUACAUAUUUAAAAUUAACUUGAUUUCAGUUGUAAACUUAGCUGUUUAGCCGAGAUAUAAGAAGAUACUAUUUUAACUCAAGCUAUUGUUGCAGUGAUUAAUUAUCAUUGUUUACAUCAUGUCGAAAGUUACUAAAAGGAAACAUGUGAUGAAUGAAGCUUUGUGGGACGAUUUUGAACUUCCCAAGGAAAACCAGAGCAUUGUUAAAGUUUUAAAAAGUAUGGGAAACAAUUUGCAUCAGAUAACUACACCAAGCGGAGAAGAAUAUUUAGUAUCUAUGCCAAUAAAAUUCAGAAAAAAUAUAUGGGUAAAAAGAGGAGAUUACACACUUGUGGAACCUAUUCUUGAAGGCAAUAAAGUGAAGGCAGAAAUAGUGAAAAUAAUUAAUAAAGACUCCAUUAAAUAUUACAAAGAAAAUAAUGUUUGGCCUAAGGAGUUUGAAGACAGUAAAAGUGAUGUAAAACAAAACAAUGAUGAUGAUUUGUUUGAAAAUACAAAUAGAAAUAGGAUACAGUAUCAUAGUGAAUCUAGUGAUAAUAGUUCAGACUCGGAGAGAAGUAGUGAUGAAGAAUAAAAAUAUAUUUAUUUA